AUGCUUUGUUUGCAGUGUGAAGUGCCGAUCAUGUCUUAUAAUGGGUCAGCUAAAGCUGGAUGUUUGGUGUCGAGUGAUGAUGUGUGUAACGGCAGCUGUACCAAAAGAGAAGUGUCCGUGACCUCGACUGCCAUCUCAAUGACGGUGGGCAUCGUCUCCAACACGCUGGCUCUCUUUAUCCUGAUCAAAGCCUACCGCAGGUUCAGAUUCAAGUCUAAAGCAGCCUUCCUCCUGUUUGCUAGUGGUCUGGUGGUGACUGACUUCUUGGGACACCUGAUCAAUGGCUCUUUGGCUCUCUACGUUUACGCCUCACAGAAAGACUGGGAAACAUUUGACCCUCACAAGUCUCUGUGUGACUUCUUUGGAGUUUGUAUGGCGUUCUUCGGCUUGACUCCUCUUCUUCUCGGGAGCUUGAUGGCAGUGGAGCGCUGUGUCGGAGUGACCCGUCCUCUCUUCCACACCACGGCGCUGGGGUCCCAUCAUGUCAAGAGUCUGCUGGGUCUGACCUGGCUCCUAGGUCUGCUGGUGGCCCUGCUGCCCAUCCUGUUCCAGCGGUCGUACCAGAUGCAGCGUUCACGAAGCUGGUGCUUCUUCCGCCUGCAGGGGCCGCGUGACUGGGUGGAUGUCCUUCUGCCCAUAUUGUUCUCUGUGCUGGGUUUGCUGGCUCUCCUCCUCUCACUAGUGUGCAAUACCAUGACUUUCCUCACUCUCCUGCGAAGUAGGGUACAACUUGACCGUGAUUAUCAUCGCCAUUGUCGUAACACAUCACACCAUUCUGAGAUGGUCUGCCAGCUUUUGGCAAUCAUGCUGGUUUCCUGUGUGUGCUGGGGGCCAAUUUUGAUAACAGGCAUCAUCUUCAGCCUACAGGAUCACGGUGAGGAUCAGGCAUCUUACACUCAUAUGCUGCUGGUUGUACGCAUGGCAACAUGGAACCAGAUCCUCGACCCAUGGGUGUACAUCCUCCUGCGCAAAGCUGUUUUGAAGAGACUUUUUCUGGUGGCAUUGAGACUUUGCAGUCCUCACUUGAAAAUGAAACUCCAGUGGCAGGGCAUCACUCAGGAGAGCUCCACCAUGGAGGUCAGGAGCUCAGUGAUCAGCAGACCAGACUUCAUCUGCCUGGAUGGACCUUUUCCACCAGACACUGCCAUUCAAUCAGCUCACCCCUCCUGAGCUUCAAUGGGGGAUACGAGACCUCCAUUCACAGAUAUUGGAUCAUUACAGA